GAGCUCGUGCGUUGGCCCCACCUCGCCGCCAGGGGGCGCUGGCUGCGUCCCUCUAUCGAGUAUGAAAAACGGAUGCAGCGUUAAAGAGCUGACGCUAUGGCAUCAGUAAUUUGUUCCAGAGUUUACCCAACUGUGAAGUAGUUGUAACUCGGUGUCAAGGUCCGAGCGUUGCUGUGUUUUUUAUGGCCGUCGGCUUUUCCAUGAAGCCAUGCGCCACUACUGGCUGCUCCUCGGGGCUUGCGGCUGGGUGCUGCUCAUCCAGAUGAUCGUCACCAAGUUAAUCAACUUCAGAAGCGUAGAUGAUUAUGGGAGGAGGAUCAUCGGACAGAGUGGGACAGUGCCUGUGACCAAGAUGCCCACAGUUGCUCCAACAGAGGCCGCCUGGCAGUCAGUCGUUGACAAGAGAAUCCAGCUGCUCUCUGCUGUGUGUAAGAACGGAAGCCUCACAAAUCUGACUCAUGUCUCCAUCAACAAGUUUGUCCUGGACCGCAUCUUUGUCUGCGACAAACAUAGGAUCUUGUUUUGCCAGACGCCCAAAGUGGGCAACACUCAAUGGAAGAAGGUUCUCAUUGUUCUCAAUGGAGCAUUCUCCACUGUGGAGGACAUCCCAGAAAACCUUGUUCAUGAUCAUGAGAAAAAUGGCCUACCGCGCCUCUCAUCAUUCACACCACAGGAAAUAACUCACAGAUUGAGCACCUACUUCAAGUUUUUCAUUGUAAGAGAUCCGUUCGAGCGCCUCAUUUCUGAAUUCAAGGACAAGUUUGUGAAAAAUCCUCGCUUCGAGCCUUGGUACAAGCACGACAUUGCUCCGGCCAUCAUCCGCAAGUACCGGAAGAACCAACGUAACAGCGACCUCACUGCCUCCGGCCUGCACUUCGAGGACUUUGUGCGUUACCUGGGCGACGCAGAAGGGCGUCGACGCAUGGACCGGCAGUUCGGCGAGCACAUCAUCCACUGGGUGACGUACGCAGAGCUGUGCGCGCCGUGUGAGAUACACUACAGCGUGGUGGGCCACUAUGAGACGCUGGAGAAAGACGCCCCCUACAUCCUCAAAGCAGCAAACAUAGACCAGCUGGUGUCCUACCCAGCCAUUCCUCCAGGCAUCACCCACUAUAACAGGACCAAGGUGGAGCACUAUUUCUCAGGCAUCAGCAAGCGAGACAUUAAGCGUCUGUACGAACGUUACCAGGGUGACUUCCAGCUCUUUGGCUACCAAAGCCCAGACUUUCUACUGAACAAAACUAUAAAUGAUCCUAAAAAUAUUAAAUCGUCUCAACAUCUUUGAUUUACAAAGACGGGUGUAUUGUAGCUCACUGUGCGCCGCACACAAACCUCAAAGGCUUGUAUGCAGCAGAUGGCGCACUGCAAUGGCUCUGAUUGUUUUAGACACUUUUUGGUGUAACUAUCAAGUUGUUGCUAGGACUAACAAGUACUGCCUAAUGUAUUUAACUGUGCUUUCUUGAGGGGUAGAGCUGUAACUGGCAAAUGAUGUGAAGCUCUAGUGCAAUGAGGAGAUGAGGCAGGUUGCCCCAAAAUAAACAAGUACAUGCAACACAGAGGAUUUAGCAAUGAAAAAAAUCUUAUUUUGUUGAUGGUGUGGAGUCGAAGGUUCAUUUUACAGCUCAACUACUGGUGGAGAACAAGUUAUGAACCAAUAUUUAUUGUUUGUCUGAGAUCCUCGUUUCAAAAAUGUACUGAGCAAUACUGGUACAAAGUUGCAUGAGCAAUAUCAAAACGGUCAAAUACUGAACUUAAUAAUAAACGAAGGCGUUGCUCGUGUUCCCAUUCAUACUGUAGCUUUUGCUUUGGGUGUUCUGCCUUUUUUACUCCAUACGUCCAGCUGUUAUUGCACUAGGAGCGUCAAAGGGUGUUGGCACUGAUUUAUGAAAUUUUACUUUUUUUUUUUUUUUAAAUGUGUGUAUAUGUUCUUAACCUGACUUGCAACUCAACAUUUGUACUACGUGUUGUUAUUUAUAUUAUUAACCUGCAGAAUGUCUGAGUUGUAGGACGGCACUGUCUUUUGAGUGAGUGGUUUUCAUAGGGUGACGAGAGCAAUUGGUAAUAAACUCCAAUGCGAAAUCAA